GAAAACUAAAAACAUCUUUUAACAUAGAGAAUAGAAUUCCCUCGACUGACCAGCUACAUCACAAAGGAGCAGUUAGAUCUCGCGCGAUAUUGAGAGGCGACCGUCUUGUCGUCACAGGUUGCCAUAGCAGCAUCAUCCCUGGACUGGGUGCUGGGUGGUGCGAGGGGCGGAGCGCCGCUUCUGCAGAGGACGCGCAUCGCUCUGGUCCAGCAGGUCUGACUUCUACCAAAAUGAGCGGCCUGGAUGAGGGCUACAACCUUCCUGUCGCUAAAACCUGCGACCUCGCGACUCCCGACCACGUCCCGGGACAUCCGGACUUAAACCAGUGCCAGAGCGAGGCGGCAGAGGCGAUCCAGGAGAUGGCGCACACAGGUGAGCGCAACUCGGAGAUCUCUGCAGAGGGAGGCGCGAGCCAGGCCCCCGCGGGCUGCGGCCCUGCUCUCCGCAAUCGAGUGGCCGGGAGUCGUGGUGGUGCAGCUACUACAGCGGGCCAGAAAGACGCCCAGCCUCCCACGGAGGGCCUGGAAGCAGCCUCCGUCUCCCCCUCCGUGGCAUCCUACAAUAGCCAGGAAAAUGGCUGUCAGCGUGGAGAGCCGAGUGGCCUUGCUGGGGAGAAAUCUCUAGAAGCCUGUGGCGCGGAGGGGCUCGGGUCUCAGAUGAUGCCUGGGGCGAAAGCCAAGGAGGUGAUGACAAAGAAGUGCGCCAUCUCAGCGACGGCGGAAAAGGAGGGAGAAGCGGAGGAGGUGCCAGAGGAAAAGAAGAUCGUACAGAAAGACAAAAAGGUGGUGGGAGGAGCGAAAGAGGAGACGCCUGCCAGGGCUGGGAAGGGCAGUAACUGCAUGGACUCUCUGGAGGCCAUAGAUCAGGAGCUGUCAAACGUAAACGCCCAGGCAGACAGGGCCUUCCUUCAGCUGGAGCGCAAGUUUGGCCGGAUGCGAAGGCUGCAUAUGCAGCGCAGAAGUUUCAUUAUCCAGAAUAUCCCAGGUUUCUGGGUCACUGCCUUUCAGAACCACCCUCAGCUGUCACCUAUGAUCAGUGGUCAAGAUGAAGACAUGAUGAGGUACAUGAUCAAUUUGGAGGUGGAAGAGCUUAAACAUCCCAGGGCAGGCUGCAAAUUCAAGUUCAUCUUUCAGAGCAAUCCCUACUUCCGAAAUGAAGGGCUCGUCAAGGAAUAUGAGCGCAGAUCCUCAGGCCGUGUGGUGUCUCUUGCCACUCCAAUCCGCUGGCACCGGGGCCAAGACCCCCAGUCUCAUAUCCACAGAAACCGAGAAGGAAACACUAUCCCCAGUUUCUUCAACUGGUUCUCAGACCACAGCCUCCUAGAAUUUGAUAGGAUUGCUGAGAUCAUCAAAGCAGAGCUGUGGCCCAAUCCCCUACAAUACUACCUAAUGGGUGAAGGGCCCCACAGAGGAAUUCGAGACCCAGUAAGGCAGCCAGUGGAGAGCCCGAGGUCCUUCAGGUUCCAGUCUGGCUAACUUCCAACCUGUGAAAAGCUCCUGCUCUCCCUUCCUUACCACCUCGUCUUGGAUUCUGUGCUUAGGCAACAGCAUUAAUCUUCCAUCUGCUUUCUCUUCACACUGGGUCAUUUUGUUGAUUCUUCUAAAUCUUUAAUCAGUUGCAAGAUUGUCACUUAUGUGUCUCUGCUCUUCUUCCUCUGGGCCUUUGUGCUGCCCUGCAAAGUGUUGUGUUCCAAGUGCAUGGCUUUUCACCGCUUCUGUGCCAAGCACAUGAUGCUGUAGAUACGCACUGACUCCCUUUGCAUGCCUUGAGCCCUGUCUGUGACAAUGGUCUUUUCCCAGGUUUUUAAGCGGUUACCUACCACACACAAAAAAAACUUUAUGUAUAUCUUUGCAAAUAAAUAGCUGGCCUUCAUUCUUAACACUGGCUGUGCUCCUGAUACCUUGUACUCUCCAAGAUCUUUGAUUUUCACCAUUGGAAGAUGAAACUGAUAUAGAUGAUGCCAGCCAUCAACCCAAACUGAACAUUCCAGGCUACCACUAACUGGUUCCCAGCUGCUUUCAUGGGCCUAUGCCUUCCAGCCUGCUGGUUACUUGGCAGAAUAAGCAGGUGGCUGGUGGGCAGCUUCUAGGCCUGAAUGAGGUAACAGAGGAGAGAUACACAGUGUCAUAUCUAUCUUCUUCUGCCUUUGGUCACUCUGCAUUGUGACCAGGUACUGGUGAGUAUGUGGCCUACCCAAACCGGUUUUUAGUCUUUUGGCUGAGCCUUGCCUGGGUACCACUGCCUGGCUCGUCAGGAACUAUCUGUGGACUUAAGCACCCAGGCAGUGCACAACCAUCUCUGCAGUGUUACCCAUGAACCCAGUUGGCUGUCAGGGAGGUUGGGCAGUCAUGUGACAGGGCCCAAGGCAAGGCUGGAAUCCUUCCAACAGCCUUUCGGAGUCCUAGCCAAUAAUUCGCCCUUAAUCCAGACAACUUUGUUAAACAUCCCCUUCCUGACCCCUCCUGUAACUGUUCGGAAGGUGACAAAGUUGCCAGGGUGCGGGCACCUAGGAAGAUGUAUUUCUGUCUCCUGCCCUCAGAAGCAGUGACAGUUCAGAAACAAACAGAACUGGCAAAGCAGCUUUUUUGUUUAAUUUGGUCUCCCCUUGUGCUCAGGGGAGCAGCUACUGUGUAGUAUAUUAUCCAGACCUCACUGCCUUAGCAGGGUCUAAAUGUUUCAGAGGCAGACCUAUAGGUAAGUUAAUUAUGGGCAGUGUUUUUUGGGCCAGCUUUGACAAGCCCUCCCUUUCCCCCCUAUCUAAAUUUACCAAACCCUCCUGUGUGUUUUUUGAGCUUUAGUUUGGGAGGAGAGACGGGCUGGCUUCACAGUGAGGGGUUCAAGAGAGACUCAGUGGGUUGUGAUCUAAAGCAACCAAGUUAGCAUGACUCUAAAGAUGGAAAUUAUUUUUUUUUCCUUUUUUUGGUGGGGGUUGAAGUGGGCCUUGGACCACCUACAAUCCCGUGGCAGCAUAACCCUUGUCUUCUGUACCAUUUUAUUGUUGCCCUGAUGUCCCAAGGGCCUCCCUCCUGCCUGGCCCUUGGCUGUCAGUCUGCUUCCCCAUUUCAUUCUCUGCUUCUGUCCUAACAAAAGAGGGAGCAGUCUGCGGUUUGCAUUGUGCAGAUGUCAAGCCUUCCUCCUAGGGGCUAGGGAGUAUGUGGACGGAGUCUGGAUUUCAGACCCAGUUCCAGUAUGUGGGACAACGCGGCUGCCUUACUUAUGGAGGGGUAUGGUGGUGCUGAUGAGAUUCAGCAUUAUCCUUUCUUCUUUCUUUUUGGAGGCUUUGCCCUAAGUUCCCCAGGGCUUAUGAAGUCUGGACACAGAGUGUAAGGGAGGGUGCUCUGAGCUGGAGAAACUGAGAGCCUGGAAACAAAUGGCUUGGGAAGGCUUUUGGGGAAGACGAAUCCUGCAGGGUUGUGGGUCUGGGGGAGGAUGGGGAGGGCCCAGGAUUCUUCCCAGGGGAAGUGAGAAUCUGGUCGAUGUUUAAAGAGGACGCUUGGAAGAGGGGUUUCUCCCCAGUUUUUCCUAUAUCUUUUCAUUCACCAGAUUUUUAUACACAAACAUGCAGGUGUAGUUUUUUUUAUUAUUCUAGGAGUGACCUUUUAUAUCUGGAAGAUUGAUGGUACGUGCUUAUUUCAUUAUGAGUAAAAUCCUAUUAAUUCCUUUCUCCAUUUUUGCUUGCUGGCAAAAUUUACAUUUACAGGCCUGCUUUUGCUUGUAAGAGAAUGUGUGUAAAAAUAUCAAACUUGUUUCCUGUGCAGUAUGAACACUUCUGUGAAUAUUAAUGUAUCAGCUUGUUCUGGUCUCUUCAUAUAUAGCUCUACCCUUAGAAAUAUAAUUUGAAUAAUGUGAUCUAUGAAGAGCCUGAAAUUUUGCAAAUGUUGCUGUCUUGUGAAAGUAAUCUCAAGAAAAAUGUAAUUGUCUUGCUAUUUCUUGCCCUAGAAAUAAUGUGGUACUUGGUAUUUUGUUGCUACCCCAUGUAUCUGUAGAAUUGCUGUCACACUGAACGAUGACCUUUAGUCCUUUUGUCUUCUAUGUGCUUGAAGGAAAAAUAAAAUCUGCCACUCUGAUGUAAUUCUUGUUUUCAUCAAAAUAAAGAUUAAUACAAUUC